AUGGAUGAUAUAUGGAGAAAUGAAGCUUGGGAUAGGUUGAGCUUGUAUGUUCCUGACUCUAUGAAUGGCAGCAGAGUGUUGAUCACCUCCCGCAAUAAAGAAAUUGGUUUUCAUGCUGAUCCACAAACCAUUCCCCAUGAACUUCCCUUUCUAACUGAAGAAGAGAGUUGGGACCUCUUUCUCAAGAAAAUUUUUCUGGCUGGGAGUGCAAAUGCUGUUUGCCCCAGAGAAUUGGAAGAGCUGGGAAAGAAAAUUGUAGCAAAUUGUGGGGGUUUGCCCCUUGCAAUCGUGGUCUUGGGAGGCCUUCUAUCAAGAAAAGAAAAGACACCACUCGCCUGGCAAAAAGUACUUGACAGCCUAACUUGGCACCUAAAUCAAGGUCCAGACUCAUGUUUGGGGGUCCUUGCUCUAAGCUACAAUGAUAUGCCGUAUUACUUGAAGUCCUGUUUCCUUUACUGUGGCCUUUUCCCAGAAGACUCAGAAAUCAGGACAGAUAAGUUGAUCCGCUUGUGGGUUGCGGAAGGGUUUAUACAAAGAAGAGGAAAAGAAAUAGUGGAAGACGUCGCGGAAGAUCACUUACAGGAAUUGGUACAUAGAAGCAUGAUUCAAGUGGCUGACAAGAGUUUUGAUGGAAGAGUGAUGUCCUGUCGUAUGCAUGAUUUGCUUCGAGACCUUGCCAUUUCUGAGGCUAAAGAUACAAAAUUUUUUGAGGGAUAUGAAAGCAUUGAUUCUACAUCCCCUGUCAGUGUUCGUCGACUAACCAUUCAUCAAGGUAAGAAGACUAAUUCUGAACACUUGCAUAGUUCACGUCUCCGAUCUUUCAUUUGUUUUUCUGAAUGCUUCCAAGAAAACAUUUUAAGAUCUUUAUACAGGGGUGUCAAAUUGCUCACUGUACUGGACCUAGAGAGCAUGGAUAUCUAUACCCUCCCAGAAGGUAUAGGAGAACUUAUCCACCUUAAGUACUUGUGCUUAAGGAGAACCCGCAUAGAAAGGCUUCCAUCGUCCAUAGGUCAUCUUAUUAAUCUACAAACCCUAGAUUUUCGAGGCACUUUAAUUGAAAUAAUUCCUUCUACCAUUUGGAAAUUGCACCAUUUGAGACAUCUAUAUGGUCAUGGUGUGGUUUCAAGGCAGUCAGUGAUAGAUAAUUGUAUGAAUGGUCCUUUGGGUGUUGACCACCUAACAGCCCUCCAAUCAUUAAGUUUAAGAGCAGGAAGGUGGUGCAGUGCAGAAGGGUUAGGAAAAUUAACCCAGCUUAGAGAACUGAAAAUCCGAUGGACUGAAAUACCUCAAAUAAUGUGCAAGGGCUUUUCUGAAUCUGUUGAAAAAUUAACUGCUCUUCGAUCCUUGUAUUUGUACACCACUGACGGAGAGGAAACAUUAGUCAUGCCACAACUCAUGCCUUUCUUACACCACACACACCUUUACCAUGUUCGUUUAGGGGGGAAGCUCGAGAAGUUUCCCAAUCAAAUUGAAUUCUACCCCCCAAACCUUAUUCAGUUGGAAUUGGAAUAUUGUAAUAUAAAGCAAGACCCAAUGGUGACUCUGGAGAAGCUGCCAAAUCUAAGGAUUCUCCAGUUAUUGUAUAGUUCAUACAUGGGAAAGAAAAUGGUCUGUUCUUCGGGAGGAUUCCAGCGACUGGAAACCCUUAAGCUCAAGGGUUUGAAAGAACUAAGAGAGUUAAUUGUGGAAGAAGGGGCAGUGCCAGAUCUGAAGGUUUCAAUAAUUGCCAGUUACCAUAAAAUGGCAAGACUUCCUCGCGGAUUGCUGCAGCUAGAAAAUUUGCAGUACCUAGAGUUGUUUCAGUUGUCACAUAAAUUGAUUGAGGAGGUAAAUCAGACAGAAGGAGAAGAUUGGGACAAGAUCCGGCUUAUCACCUCCAUAUUACAGUAG